AUGAGAAGUGGCAAAUAACGGAAAACUGGAAUGAAUGAAACUGCCAAAAUGUCUGAGAUCUCUGGACUCCCUAAACCAGGAUCAUAUGUAACAGUUCACAUAACCAGGGUCCAUGUGCAUCCAUUGUGUGACCUUGUGGAGUUUUGGGGCCAUUUUAGUGAGAACAGGAAAGAGGCCCAUCAACAGCUGGCCAAAGAUAUUCAGUCGCCCAAAAAACCAUUUGAUAGGUUUGAAGGAAAUCCUGGUGACGAGUGCUUGGUUCAGAUUAAUGAUACUUGGUACAGGUCCCGCAUAGUUUCAAGAAAUGGCACAGAAUGCAAUGUGUUCCUGAUCGACAGAGGGCUUUCGUACUCCACGACCACAAACAUGCUGGCGUUGGGUAAGAAGGAGCACUUUUUCUUGCCACCUGAAGUGGAAUACUGUGUGUUAGCCAAUGUGCUGCCACUCUCACCUGAGAACAGGUGGUCUCCAGUUGCUCUCGAGUUCAUGAGGCGUCUCUCCGGAAAAUCAGCAAUGGCUUAUGUGCAAGAUGUGUUGGUCACUCAAAGAACGAUUUUCCUACACAUCCCUUGCAUAGCUAAACAAAUGUGUGAGAUGGGAUUAGCCAAAUUUGUGUCCGUGGACAGGUUCCACACAUUUGUGCAAAAGUUACUGCAGUCAGGUGGAUCAGUCACCGUGUUCCCAGACACUCUGCAGAACUAUUCAAAAAAUAACACUGUGGAUGCAGAUGAUAAGAUUCACAAGCAACAGCUUUUCCUGCAUCCAGAACUAUCUACGGAAACCUUGGAGACGGUCAUAAUCACAGAAGUCAUAAAUCCACAGAGGAUUUUUUGCCAGUUGAAGGUUUUUUCACCAGAGCUCAAGAAGCUUUCCGAGCAUAUGACACAGUGCUAUGAGGACAAACUGACCAAUUCCACUGUAGGUCAUACUGUGAUCGGAUUUCCAUGUGCUGCAAGAGGAAGUGAUGGUCAAUGGUACCGCUCUGUCAUACAGCAGGUUCUCCCUCCCAAAAAACUGGUUGAAGUACUGAAUGUUGAUUAUGGAACAAAACAUCUUGUUCAAGUGGAUCAUGUAAAACCUCUGGCUGCAGAAUUCUUCAGGAUGCCUGUUGUGACUUACAACUGCUCCUUGCAUGGAAUCAUUGACAGAGGGGUAGGAUGGAACCGAAUUCUGAUAGACUAUCUCAAGACCCUUAUUUUGCACAAAACAUUGAUUGCCAAGUUUGAGUACCAAAGCCAGUCUGAAGGUGUCCACUACAUCUCACUCUAUGGGGAUCAAAAUGUAAACAUUAACAACUUGUUUGUUUCUAAUGUGGACUGUUUGCUGGAGCAUGGAAAAUCGCUUGAAGAUUUAGCCUUUCGUAGUUCUGCAUACAGCCACCAGCAUGCAGCUGCACAAGAAAGACGCAUACUAACAUAUGGACAGGCUAAUGACAAAGAAAAACUAGAACUCCUACAGGUUGACGUCCUCACGGUUAAUACUUCAUAUGUGGCAGUUGUUCAACAUGUGUUGAACCCAUCAGAGUUUUGGAUCCAGAUUGAGAAGAAUACAAAUGUUUUGGACAAACUGAUGGAUGGUAUGUUUCACCUGUACAGAGACUCUUUGAGUCAGUAUAGGGUGAUGAGUCCAGCUGUUGGUUUGUACUGUGCCGCCAAGGCAAAAGAUGGAGAAUUCUACAGGGUAACUGUCUGUGAAGUUGGUGAGACGCAACUCAAAGUGUUUUUUGUUGAUUAUGGAAACACUGAAGUGGUUGGCAGGAGUGACAUCAGGACUCUUCCUGUUGAGUUCAAGUUGCAGCCUUGGCUUUCAGUAAAAUGUAAACUGGCAAACAUUAGGCCAAAAGAUGGAGAUUGGAGUCACAGCGCCACUCAGCGUUUCACUGAAGCAGUCACAGAUAAAGUCCUAAAUGUGCAUGUGAUGGGAAAACAUGACUGUUACGAUGUGAAACUGACAGAUGCUGAACCACUUGGGGAAAGAGACAUUGGUGAGCUGAUGUGUAGUUUGGGCUUUGCUGAAUGCGAUGACACCCAGAGAUGGCUUGAAACCAAAAUGUGGAUGGAACCAGCUACAACCUCUGCUGUGCAAAAUCCAGAUACCACACUUGACUUUUGCAGGAAAAAUGAGGCAUCUUUUCAGCCUCAAAACACUGCUGGGGUCAACAAUUCUGAGGUUAAAACUAUGUUUGAGGAGCCAUUGUUUCCCAUCGGAAGUGUCCUUGAUGUUAACGUCUCUUUCAUUGAAAGUCCAAAUGAUUUCUGGUGCCAGCUGGUACAAAAUGCAUGGAAUCUGAAAUUGCUUAUACGUGACAUCCAGGCCCAUUAUGCAGAUAGUCAGUUUGAGCCUUUUGUGGAAAAUGCAUGUAUCGCCCGCUUCCCCACGAAUGGUAUGUGGUACAGAGGUCUCAUAAUUAAGAAUCAUGAAAAGUCUCAUGUAGAUGUACGAUUUGUUGACUAUGGCCACACAGAGACGGUCUCCAUUCAUGACCUGAGGAGGAUCCAUCCAGAGUUCAUGACUCUAAAAGGUCAAGCUUUCCGAUGCAGUCUGUUGAACCCUCUAGACAAAUCAUCUGCCAAAAAUGAUUGGAGUCCAGAAGCAAUCACAAAGUUUAAUGACUUUGUGAAUAGCGCUGCUUCUGACCAUGGUAUUCUGAAGUGCACCAUCUAUGCUAUUCUGUACACUCAGCAGGUUAUCUUCAACCUGGUGGACCUCGAGACUCCUUUUGAGAACAUCGGCAGCAUUAUGGCCAAACUUAACAAAUGCGUGUCUCCCAAGAAAGCCUCACAGCAGCCUUUCCAACUUGACACGUACUACUACUCCGCACACGGUGUGAAAACCGGAACAGAUGAACAGGUCACUGUGACAUAUGUGAAGAGUGUUGGUCAGUUUUAUUGCCAGCUCUCAAGAAAUGCUAAUGUGAUGGAAGAUCUAAACAAGAAGGUGAACAAUUUGUGCAAUCAGCUCAAGAAUGUCAGUCCACCAGAAGUUGAAUCAUUGUGCUUUGCAAAGUACUCUGAUGAUCAGUGGUACAGGGGACAGAUCAUAUCCAGAAAGCCUGCAAUCCUGGUUCACUUUGUGGAUUAUGGGGACACUGUCGAGGUGAACAUGACGGACUUGCUUCCAAUUCCCAAGGAAGCCAUUGACAUAAUUUCUGUUCCUUCACAAGCCAUUGUUUGUUGUCUCUCUGAUGUCCCUGCCGACGUCCCUUCUGAAGUCAAUAGCUGGUUUGAGACGAGCGUCACAGAGUGUAAAUUUCGAGCAUUAGUGGUCGCUAGAGAACCUGAUGGCAAGCUGGUGGUAGAGUUGUACCAGGGAAAGGAACAGAUCAAUUCAAAGAUUAACAAGAUGUUUCAGAUUGAGGUGCACAAUGAAGAAGUGGUGGUCUGCAAGGGUAGGAAAGCAUCUGAGGCAUCUGCAAAUAACGUACAAAGGGUUCCGAAAGCUGUUCCGAAACAAAGGGACACGAUGAGCUGUAACUUUAAAACUGGUCAGCAUGUAAAAUCUGCACUGGAGCUGUACAGACCUCCACAGCGAAGGUCAGGAACGGCCCACAAAAUGGAAGGUCAUCCUAAAUCAGCAGACGCCCAUAGCAAACAGACAAAACGGUACAACUCCACAGGCUCAAAUCAGCUCAUGAAUUCAAAUGUCACUGAUCCAGAUUCUCAGACAGACACAUUUGUGACAUCAGAAGCCAGCGUUGAAACACGAUCUAAGGUUGCAGACCUGCCUGAAAAGUGCAUAACACCGGGAAUGGAAGUGGACGUAUUUGUUUCGCACUGCGACAGCCCGCUGAGUUUCUAUGUGCAGUUUGUAAGAGAAGAGGCCGAAAUAGUGUCUCUUGUGGAAAAACUCAACGAUUCACAGUCAACCCAAAAGCCGGUCAGUGAAGAUGUGCAACCGGGUGACCUGGUACAAGCAGAAUUUCCAGAUGACUUCUCAUGGUAUCGUGCUGUUGUGAGAGAAAUCCAGGGAAGCUCCACGGCUCGUGUUGAGUUUAUUGAUUAUGGGAAUACAACAGUAAUACCACUUUCCAAGAUUUGUGAACUCCAAGAGGCCUUCCUGCACAUUCCCAGGUACAGCACACAUUGUAAGCUCCGUGACACUGCAGCUCUUGAAAGGAAAGUUGUUCUUGAUCCAGAAAUUGUGUCAGCAUUCAAGAGAGACAUUGGUGAAAAUGCAGAAACGGUGUUGAAAUGCCGGUUUGUGGGGAAGUCAGGUUCUCAGUGGGAAGUCAGUCUUCAGGACAAAGAUGUGAAUAUCACAUGUAAAGUACCUGCUGUGUCUCUAGCUUUUUCAGAAGACGAGGGUUUCCAGAAGUCUGACAACAAACAUAUCCCAGAGCCCACACUUCUGUGCUACCAGGAACAGGAAUUUCCAGAAGGACAAGAGUUAGAAGUUUACAUUGUGGCUGUGGAUGAUGGUCUAACCUUUUGGUGUCAGUCUGCUGACAGUAAUGCACUUGAGAUCAUUGUGUCAGAAGUUGGUAAUACAGCAGAUCACAGAAAAGUGGAUAUAAACGUGUUGUCCCCUGGCAGUCCAUGCAUUGCUCGUUAUGCAGAAGAUGAGCUGUGGUAUCGUGCAGAGGUCAUUGACAAAGGUGAAGAUAAUCUGUCUGUUCUCUUUGUGGACUACGGGAACAAAUCUGAAGUCAAACUAGAAGAUGUGAGGGAAAUGUCUCCUGAACUGGUGGAAACUCCACCACAAGCAUUUUUAUGUGAGCUGGAAGGCUUUGGUUCCUCUGAUGGAUUUUGGGAUAAUGCGGCAGUUGAUGAGCUGUCUGCUUUAACAGACAGACUGUUUCACCUUAUGGUGUGUAGAGUAUCGAUGGCGGGAGGAAAGAUGAAACACUCUGUGCGACUGGAAUGUGAAGGUGAAGUGAUGAAUGAGUCGCUUAAACACUGGUGGAAAACCUCUACAUCAGAAAACCAUCUUGAUACGGAUGAACUGUCCCCCUCAAGUGGAAUACCUGAGUUGAACGCUGUGCUGGGUGAGCGUCAACCAACAGAUGAGUCAAAGGUCUCUGCAGCUGAAGAUGAUGAAGACCAAAGUAAAGAAGUUUUCACUGAUAAGAUUGAUGAGGGUCACACAGCUGAGGAGAUGCAUGGUGACGACUCUGGUGAUUUUGGUCGUUGCGAGUCUUGCACAGAGAUUCCAGAAGAAGGUGUAGAUCAUCACGUUCAGCCAUGUAAUGGUGACAUUAACAUCAUGCUGUCUCAGCCUGAUGAGGAACAGGAUCCAGGCGUUUUGUGCUUGAGUUGUGACGAGUACCUGGAAACUGAUGAAUGCAUAUCAGUGAUGGGCACUAAGCCAGAUGACCUAAAGUCUUUGCCAGUGAAGGAAAAUGACAGAGAGAAUGUGACUCCACUUGGUAAAGAAAUUCCGCAAACGUGCUCGAUCAUCGCAGGUGCUCCAGAGUCGACUCCUGCAGAUGAUCCAGCACUUGAAGAUGACGUACAUGAGGACAAGUAUGAGAUUGCACCAAGUGAGGUGGAGAUGUUUGAAGACAUCAGGACCCACAAUUCUGGAGGCAACGAUGACAUCACAAGUCACUCAGCUGAGCUGGAUGGAGCAGCCAGUGAGCAGCACAGUGACACAUUUCCUUCUGCAGAUACGAGGGCUGUGUUUGAAGAGGAUGCUGAAGAGGCGCGUUUCACAGAUGUCAGCACAGCAAAGCUGACACAUGAAGAUGACACAGGAGUCACCGAGCGGAUCUCCACACAGAACAAGGUUGCUGAUGGCGGUGAUGACUAUGGCGGGGCCGCCUGCCGUACGGACGCUGAAGCCUGUCUGAUUCCGCAGCGUGAUGAUGUCACCAAUACAACAGAUGAAUCUCUCAGAAUGAAAGCAGAGGAACUGGUGCCAAAUGACUCACUGCUUCCCUUUAAUGUAAUUCAUCUGGGAAAGUUUGAAUCUCUCUCUGAACACAAAAUGAAAAUUGAGGAGGACCUGUCAUUUGCUGCCAGUCAUAAUGAGAGCAACAGUGUGAGUGAAGAGGAAACCUCCACUCUCUGUGAGGAUGAAGCUUCUGAUUUGUGGCAGUCAUCCUUGGAUUCUGUCUCUGCUGAGCUUAUUUCAGAUAAGCGACAAACUGCCGAAACAUUGGUCAGUAAGGAACUUAAUGAUGGCGUAUGCGUGGAACAGAUGCUGCCUGCUGAUGACAGUCUUGCGGCUCACUUGUCAAAUGCGACCCACCUCUGUCUGCUCAUUAUGGAUAGUUGUGCUGAGGUUCUUCAGCGGCAGCCGGAGGAAUAAGACGCUGCACACAGUUUAUCAGCUACCUAUUCUUUUACUUUUGAAAUAUGUUCAGUUUUUCUUUGUUUUUACUCGAGUGGUUGGUGCUGUUCCAGAUUUACUGGGCUAAGUGAAAAGUCCCUUGUUAAGACUUUAAGAUUUUUGUUCCUGUUUAAUUAUAUAACCUU